AUGGGCGCCGCGGCCCUACAAGCCCAAACCCGCACCGGCCUCGUCAUGUACACCCCCAAGGCCGACGUCAUUCUCGAUAAGUUUGAUUUUAUGAAGGCCUACAACAACUUCCGCGAUCGUUCCGGGCGGGUUCCGGAUCAAUAUAUCGAUAAAUACCGCGCUACCUACUGGCGCGUCGACGAGUACAUUCGCCGCUCGGAGGAUUACAUCCAAUCCCAAGGUUUUUUUUUCCUCCCCACGCUUGACUUUCCCUGGUAUAAAGGCUGCCUACCGUUGUUUUCUUCCUAUCAGAUUCGCCUGCAUUACGGUCGCCACCAUCGAGACUGCGUCGAAAAGCUCAAUCAGCUGAUUGAGGGGACGUCCUUGUAUGGGUUGACGCUGGACGAGUUGAUCAAAAAAUCCCACGCCGAUUCUAGGUUGGUGGGCGUCUACAAUAACGCCGCGCAGCACUUUAACAAUAGUUUUUUUUGGAAGUGCAUUCAGCCCCUUGGCAGCAAUAUCCCAACGGAUUUAUUGCAGGCGCUAUGCGCGCAAUACGAGUCGCUGGAGGCCUUCGAGGCGAAGUUCAUCACCGCCGGCAUGAACUUGUUUGGCAGUGGGUGGGUUUAUUGGGUCUAUGAUAAAAAGGCAGAGGCGUUUGAUAUUCUCUCCUUGAGCAAUGCGGGCUGUCCGUUAGUGGAUUUCGAUCUCAUUCCGCUUUUAUGCGUCAAUGUGUGGGAGCAUUCCUACUACGUGGACUAUGAAAACGAUCGGGCGAAGUACCUAUCGAGGUUUUUUGAUGUGGUGGACUGGCAUUGGGCCGAACGGCAUUGGAAGCGGGCGACAAACCAGAAAUAUUAUGAGAUGAAUUUCUGGUAA